AUGUUUAUUACUUCGGAUAGCGAUAGGCUAGAGGCUAGCAGUGUUCUUGGUUGGAUUUCUAUUGCGUGUUGGAUCAUCGUGUACUCUCCUCAGAUACUUGAGAACUACAGACUAAAAUCCGGCGAAGGCCUGAGUGUGGGGUUCGUAGUCAUAUGGCUUUUGGGAGAUAUCUUCAACCUCGUCGGAGGCCUAAUGGCAGGCCUUAUCCCCACUGUCAUUAUUGUUGCUGUCUAUUACACCAUAUGCGACGUCAUCUUACUGUUCCAAAUCUACUAUUAUAGAUGGACACACCCCGUGCAUCCAGCAGCGCUCUUCCUACCUCGUCCGCCUCCAAACCCCAACGAUAUAGAUUCUAGGCCCGACGAACACUCUCCGCUGCUACGAGACCAACCGCCAAAUAACUCGGCUUCAGCUCAAACGGUCGACAAUAAUGUACACGACACAUUUUCUCGACGGGCUUUACGCUACGCACUCUUGUUUGGGUUCGUUAUCGGCACUGGAGUGGUAGCCUGGGCGAUUAAUCGCCUCGUUCAUCCGAGGGACGGCUCGGAGCCCAUCCCACCCAGGGAAGAUGAGGUUCUUGAAUGGCGUAGCCAGGUUCUAGGAUAUGCUAGCGCCAUAUUAUAUAUUGGUUCAAGGAUACCACAAAUAUUGAAGAAUCGCGAGACCAAGUGCGAGGGAUUAUCCUUGGCGCUUUUCAUGUUUGCGAUCACUGGGAACUUGACCUAUAUUUUGUCUAUUUGUGUUGUUUCCAACUCCUCACAGCACAUCUUGGCCAAUGCCAGUUGGCUAGCAGGGAGUGGUUUGACCAUAUUUUUGGAUUUCAUAGUGCUUUCCCAGUUCUAUUAUUAUCAAAACGCUUCCAAAACUCUCGAAGUGCCUGCAUAG